CACCACCACCACCACCUAAGAACUGCGAGAUUUAAGCUCCGUUUACAAAAACUGAGUUCCAAAAAUAAGUUUGUAAACCCUAAUUUUCAACCACAAAUCUUUGGAGAUUACGUUCCUUGAUAUACACGCCUCUUCUCCUUGCGUUCAAAAACCAAACUUAUUUCAUCUCCUUUGAUCUCAAGCGUCUCAGGUCGUUUAUUUGAUUUCUUAAUAAUGGCGACGACGUCUAGUACAACGAAAACGAAACCAGACAACCUCACCAGAUCAAAAUCACUCGGCAGAAAGCCAAAGCCCGUCUCAUCUGAAGCGAACGCAGAUGGAUCUGACCGGAAAACAAUCGAGAAGCCUUUGCCCAAUUACCUGAAACCAACAAUCAGCUCGAGACCUGACCCGGUCAAGUUCUUGAGGAAGAACAACGCUGUCGAAGACAAUCAGAAGAUUCUUCGUAGACGAUCCUUUGAUCGUCCUCCUUCGUCUUUGACUUCUCCCUCAACUUCAUCAUCCCAUAAACCUCUCAAUACCUCUUCCGCACACCCACACCCACACCCACGGGACAGACCCGCGGUUCCAAGAGAAAAGCCUGUCACUGGUCUGCGUUCUACAUCUUUCCAUGGAAGCAGCAGAGGCGGUCUCAGAGGAAGCAAUACGGUGAAAUCGCCUCCUGUCGCUUCAAGAGGUUCUCAUGGGGUAAAGAAGAGCGGUCUAAGCGGUAGCGGUUCUUCCAAGAGCAAAAAGGAAGUUUCUGAGAAUAUUCCAAGGAAUCCUUCGAGUAAAGAGACUACCCCAGAAACGUCGCCUCUUGCGCCUGCUCACGAGGACGAAGAGGAGAUUGUCAAGGUUGAGACCAAUGUAGACAUUUCUGACCACAGAGAGGAAACGAAAGAGGAAGAAAAAGAUCAAUCCGGUGAAUCCAGUGAAGAGAAGGAGACCAAACCAGUGGCUGCCUCCACAGAAGAAGAAAAAGGAGAACUGAUCAACGAGGAUAAACCCGAAGAACAAAUAGAGGAGCUGAAAGAACCAGAGAGCACCCAAGAAGAAGACGAAGAUGAAAUGAAAAAGAAAGUUGAUGAUAAGGAGAACAUCGAGACAGUUGCUACUACAGAUGUGAAAGAAGCUGUGAACAUGGAAGAAAGUAAGGAAGUGGAACUGGAAGAAGCAGAGGAGAGCGAAAGUAGCAAAACGAAAGAAGAAACAACAGAAACAAAGGCUCAAGUAGAAGAUUUACCAGAGGAAGGAACAAAGAAAGAAGUAGUGCAAGGGAAGAAGGAAUCUCCAACUGCCUACAACGAUGUAAUAGCAAGUAAGAUGCAGGAGAACUCGAAGAAGAACAAGGUCCUGGCUCUCGCUGGAGCCUUUCAAACGGUUAUUGACUAUGAAACUGCUGCAUCUAAGUGAUAUACAUCUGCAUUAUAUCACAUGCAGACAUAGCAACUGCGUCUUAUUAGCUUUCCUAUGUCAGUGUUUUUAUCGUGUCUUGUUAAUUUUCUUUCUUGCUUUUGCCUAGUAUUGAUGUUGGACAAUGAAUUAU